CUUCAAAGUCCAAACCCAUCUCUGCACUGCCCUCUCCGGCGAAUAUAUCCCUUUACCCGACGCCAUUUAUCCGUAAAGAAUCUUUUUUUCACAUGUAUAGACCUGUGUGAAAGAAGAAAAAUUUUCAGACUGAAAGAGAGAGGCUGAAAUUCACAAUCUUUUGUACCCAUUCAUUUACCCAAACGUGCCCUUCUCUACCAGGCACGGAAAAGAUUGUAAAGUGUAAAGUUGUGGUCUUGAAGGCUACUGGUUUAGGUCUUAUCCUUCUUUACCCCCUAUAUAGUUCAUAUUUAUGCAUGGCAAUUGUGUUCCUGAUGUAUAUGUACAGUAGAUUUUGUGCCCGCAAGUCUGGGUCUCUUUAAUUUCGCCUCCCUUAUCUAUUCGCAUCUCGCUUCUGUAAAGAUUCUUGCUUUUUCGGUUUUCCCGUUGAAGCUUUAAAUUCAUUCAGAGCAAGAAAAAGGUGAUCUUUGAUAGGGGUAUAUAAUUGCUUGACAUUGUUUGGACACUCUGGGGUUUCAUCUGAGAUUCGGAUGGUGAUUUGUGGUAUGGGUCUUCACUUUUUUAUUGUGUUAUGAAUCUAACUGUUGAGCUGAGAAGGUAGUAGGAAAGGGUGGGUUCUGAUCAGUAAUUCAAAUCUGAGAGAGUUGUGGUUUGAAUAUGAGGCCCUCAGGUAUAAUCUGAUUAGGUUUAUGUACUAUGAGCUGUGGGAGUGAGAAGAACAGAGGAGGAAGAGCAGGAGGAGGAGGAGAAGAUGAAGGAGAAUAUGAGAAAACCAAAGAGGAAGACGAAUAUGACCAAACUUUUGGUGGUCGAGAUUCUGUUGAUGUGUUAUCAUUGAAUGGAUCAAUUGUAGCCUCACAGCAACAUUCUAUUGAUGAGAGAGUGCUGGUUGAUCCCAAACUUAUUUAUAUUGGAUCCAAAAUUGGUGAAGGAGCUCAUGGAAAAGUUUACCAAGGAAGGUACGGGGAUCAGAUUGUUGCUAUUAAAGUUCUCAAACGUGGGAACACCACCCAAGAAAGGGCUUCACUGGAAAGUAGAUUUGUGAGGGAAGUAACAAUGAUGUCAAAGGUAAAGCACGAGAACCUUGUGAAGUUUAUUGGAGCUUGUAAGGAUCCUUUGAUGGUAAUUGUGUCCGAGCUGCUACCAGGAAUGUCCCUUCGGAAGUAUUUAGUGAGUCUUCGCCCCGCAAAGCUGGACCUUCUACUUGCACUAAAUUUUGCUCUUGACAUUGCGAGGGCCAUGGAGUGUCUACAUGCUAAUGGAAUUAUACAUAGAGAUCUUAAACCUGACAAUUUAUUGCUCACAGCGGGUCAGGAUUCUCUGAAGCUUGCAGAUUUUGGGCUUGCAAGGGAAGAAACUUUGACUGAAAUGAUGACUGCAGAAACUGGGACGUAUCGUUGGAUGGCACCUGAGUUGUACAGCACAGUGACUUUGCGUCAGGGAGAGAAAAAGCAUUACAACAACAAAGUUGAUGUCUAUAGUUUUGGAAUUGUCCUGUGGGAGUUGCUGACAAACCGCAUGCCAUUUGAGGGAAUGUCAAAUUUGCAGGCUGCAUAUGCUGCCGCCUUUAAGCAAGAGAGACCUAUACUUGCAGAAGAGAUUCCGCCAGAUUUAGCAUUCAUCAUACAGUCAUCUUGGGUUGAAGACCCUAAUAUGCGGCCAAGCUUCACCCAAAUCAUCCGGAUGCUCAAUGAGUAUCUGCUCACCCUUUCUCCGCCCCCAACAUCUAGCAACGGCGCCGUUGUUGAGUUCUCUACAAGAGCUAAAGGCAAAUUCUCCUUCAUUCGCCACAUUUUUGCUGCAAAGAAGGGUAAAAACUCGCAAUGAUGAUGGUGGACGAAGAACAUAUAGUUGAUAGCUAUGUGCUGGAAAUAUCUUUAACAAACAAUAAAAUGACAUAAAGAAAAAGGGUACCUUCAGUAGUCUUUUUUAGCUGAUGACAGUAUUGUAAAGAAACACAUUUCUAUACUCUCUAUGUCCAUAUUCCAAACAUGUCUUUCUUUUAACCUUAAUGGACUUUCUUGUCCAGCAGUUUCAAAGUAGUUAACCAUGUUCCCUC